GUUGGCACAUGUUCUCGCGUGCCUUCAUACACGAUAAACCAGUGGUGCUGAUGCUGUGACAAUGGGAGAUAUGCACCAUCUGAACUGAGGGUCCGGCAGCGGCUGCACGCAGGCUUGACGGACAGCAGAGAAAACAUCCGGAUAAAGACACAAGGAGGAACCUCCUGGUUCUGCCCGGAGAGGGUGAGUCUUACCCCGGAAACCAAGCUGGCAUUCCCGAGCCGUCCAGUAAGCUGUGUUUGAGGCUGGGGAGCGAGUCUCAGCAUAACCCCUUCUAGUUUCUCCAUAAACCAAGGUUGUUUGGCUUCCAUCUGCGUCCCCAGUCCAGAGAUGGGAGUGUUCAGCCGGCAGAAGUUUUUCCAGGAGCUCACUCAUGGCUGCCUGCUGCCUACAGCUCAGCAGGGCCUGGAGCAAGUAUGGCAGCUGCUGGUUAUCUGCCUGCUGUGCCGCCUGCUCUGGAUGUUAGGUCUCCCUUCCUUCGUGAAGCACCUGUGCACGGUGGCGGGAGGUUUCUACACGCUGUACUUGUUCUUUGAGCUCCACAUGAUCUGGGUCGUCCUUCUCAGCCUGCUUUGCUACCUCUUUCUCUUCCUGUGCCGCCAUUCGACCAUCCGAGGAACCUUUCUUUCUAUAACGGUUCUCAUCUACCUGCUUCUUGGGGAGCUGCACAUGAUGGAUACCACCAACUGGCACAAAAUGAGAGGUUCACAGAUGGUAGUUGCCAUGAAAGCUAUCUCCUUGGCUUUUGAUCUGGACAGAGGUGUUGUGACCAAUGUUCCCUCACCCAUCGAGUUCAUGGGCUACAUUUACUUUGUGGGCACCGUCAUCUUUGGGCCCUGGAUCAGCUUCAACAGCUACAAAGAAGCUCUAGAAGGGCGCAAGUUGAGUUUAGGAUGGAUUUUAAAAGUGUCUCUUAGCUGGGUGAAGAGCCAGAUCUGCCUUGUCGUUUCCAACUGUGUGGCUCCCUACCUCUUUCCCUACUUCAUCCCCGUCUAUGGAGACAAGCUCCUACGAAGCAAAAAGAGGAGGAAGAUCAGAGGCUCGCUGGCAAAGUGGCUGCUGGCAUAUGAGAACACAAUGUCUUUCCACUUCAGCAAUUACUUUGUCGGCUACCUGAGCGAAACUACUGCAACUCUCGCGGGGGCGGGCUUUACGGAGGAGAAAGAGAACCUCAAAUGGGACCUGAGCGUGUCCAAGCCGCUCCGUGUGGAGUUUCCCCGCUCCAUGGUGGAGGUGGCGACGUCAUGGAACGUGCCCAUGUCCCGCUUUCUGCACACAUAUGUUUUCAAGAGUGCCGUCAAAUUCGGGACGUUCACUGCCAUCAUGGUGACGUACAUCGCCAGCGCGCUCUUACAUGGUUUAAGUUUCCAUCUGGGUGCAGUUCUGAUAUCUCUGGGGUUCAUUACGUACGUGGAGCACGUUUUUCGGAAGAGGCUUGCCGCCAUAUUUAACGCGUGCGUGCUUUCGAGGAAAUGUCAGCCAAGCUGCAGUCACCAAAACAAAAAGAAGCUGUGGGUGUAUAUGAUUAACAUAGCAUUUUCUGCUUUGGCAAUACUUCACUUGACAUAUCUGGGCUCUGUGUUCAACUCCAGCGUGGACUACAUGGAGGAGGAUGAGGACGAGAUCACCCACCACACCGUCCAGAAGUGGUCUGAGCUGAGCUGGACGAGCCACUGGGCCACGUUCGGGUGCUGGAUCCUAUACCGCCUCAUUCUCUAACAACUAGUGACCGAGAAGAAGAGGGAAGCAAUAACGAGAAGCAGGUUUUCCCACUUUUCUGUACUGUGACUUCAUCCUGCAUCAGACUUGCAGUUUUCAGGUUGUGCUGUAUGUGGGUCGGGGAAUGCUAUUCUAACCUUCUGGGGACUGGUUUUGAUAUUUGUGAAAAGAAAAAGACAGAUCGCAGCGCCUUUUUUCUCUCUCCCUUUUGUCUGUUUCAUAUUCUUUUUUUAUCUGAGGCUCAGUCAUCAUGGCCUCCUGUUGUGGCAGCGUUUACCACUGUCUCACUGUGACUCACAAUCAAUAACUAUCAGCAUGGCGGACACGUGACGGUGCGCGUGAGGCAGACGUCCCCCAGUGGCGACAGCCCACCAUGUCAGCUGUUUCCUGGUCAUGCAAAGCCUCGUAAAACUUUUCACAUUUAGUAGUUUUUAGUGGGAUUUUAUGUCUUAUCCCAAGAUAAAGAAGGGCAAAAUUGUGAAGUGGAAGAAAAAUUUGGGAUGUAAUUUCAGCUGCAAGUCAUUUUGGUUUGCGUCAAAUUAAGUUUUUGUUCGUCCUUAUUUGCAAAACAGCUUGGACUUUAACUAGGACAUUCUAGAAUAUUUGUAUGAUUUGAUCCAAGGGUUCAUCUAGUCGUUUAAUAUCCUAGAAAAUGCUUACAUUUCAGUUAUGGUUUGGAAAAUGUUAGAUAUGCAAACUGCACAGUUUUCUAAUGCAGUGAAAUCUAAUGUUUGAUUAAAAGCCUAAAUUUGGCUAGUUUCACCAUUAUUUACAGCUAAAACUAGAUAUUUUAUCCACUUAACAAAAAGACAUGUUUUUUUUCCAGACUGACUUAAGUGAAAUCAGAAUAAACUUAUCUUGUUUAGAGAAUUACCCAAAUUAUUUCUGGUUGCUAAGUAGCAGAAAGCUUAGCAAGAACAUUUUUAGAGAUUUAAUUUUUUUAAAUUUUCUUUAUAUAUGGUGUUUUAAGCAUUUAAUUUGAGCAGGAAAUUUACCAUAACAUGAUUUGUUUG